AUGGAGUCCGGAGACUGCAUUUCCACGUUUAAAGUGGGAGAGGAUCGGUUCUUGAAUUCGUUGGUUGUAUCGGAAAACGGGAAGAUCUGCGUUUGUGGAGAUGAAACUCAGAAGCCGUUUCCUUUGCUUGUUUGGGAUCUUGAGAAAAGGAAGUUAGUGUUUGAUCUCCGCAUCCCACACCAUGAAUUCUUGACGCAUCUCAUGGCGAUCACGAAGGAAGGGCAUUACGUCGCAUGUGCAUGUGAGGAAAUCGAUGGGAAUGAAGCAAUGUUCAUCGUGGUGUACGAUCUUCAAAACGGAACCCAGUUCAAGAGGCUGAAACCCGGGAAGCCGAUGGUCGCCCUCGCCAUCUCCAAUCCGCAAGGACACGGGCAAACGUCUCUGCUGUCGCCGUCGAGGUCACCACAUUCCACGCUGCAGGCGCUGGUUGCUGGCUCUCUCGGUCCCAGUGGUAGGCGAACCUCUGUGAUAUCCUCGCCAAUUUCUGCCACUCCCCCUUUGAUUCCAUUGUCUGGGAAUGUCACCCCAACUCCUGGCGCAGGUGUGCUGCAGUAUCAAGAGCCUCGUGACCCGUACGUUAUUGCUUCGCGGACCGAUGCGUCUAUCUUGAUCUGGGACCUGAUUACUGGCUCGCUCAAGUGGACCCUAAGGGGCCACACUGUGGGGCCCGACAUGCUGCGAGUAACUGAGAGCGGGGAACGGCUUUUUAGCUAUAAUUCCAAAGGACAUGACCCCACUCUGCGUUUAUGGAGCCUCGUAUCAGGAACAUCGGUGGCAUCUUUUACGCCGGAUCACCCAUUCAUUGAUUGUUGUCAUGCUGUGCUGGGAAGUCGGACUGUAGUUUAUGCGUCAGCCUCCUCGUCCGACACGGAAUUAGAAGAAAACGAAAGCAAUAUUGUCUCUCUGCUGUUAGCCAAUGGCUCCAACUGGCAAGAAAACUUCACCCCAGCACCUUUUGGAUCCUCCGCCUGUUCCGACGUUGUUGAUAUUCAUUUCACGUUGCCGCAAUCUGGCGUAUGACCACGGUCGAAAAGGUGGUGGAAGGAGAGCCAAAAUAUUUCGGUAACGUGAACCUCUGUCGGUGGUUUUUUGAGGAGUUGGAGGGUUUUGUCAUUUUGACAGACGUGGAGAGCUGUUAUCGUUUCGAAACCCCGUUUUGUUUGUUGGGGUACUCCUCAUCCAUAAAUUUUAUCAUAGUGAUUGCUGUAGAAAUCGAUCCGAUUUCUCUGUAGUUGAAUUAGAAAUCAUUUAUUUAGGAGAUGGUUUCUAAACGUGUUCGCAAUAUCACCGCUUCAGAAGGCCAGUAGGAUCUUCUACUACGUCGACACCUGCAUUUGUUACUAAUGUUAAUUUUGUAAGUUUUUUUUUUUUUUUCCUGACGAGGUGUGUUCAUUUUGUUUCUGAGAAACUUCGCGAAUUGAAUACCACUGUUACCUUUGGCCUCUUUCGAGUAUAUGCACCAAAUUGAUGAAUUCUAGUCGAAGAUAUUUUCUGUUCACAACCGAUCGACUAAGAUGCAGUAAUUCCGGGUGGACCCUUUCCAUUUACUGUAUUCGAUAUGUUUGGGCGCAAUCAAACAUUUCAGGACUCCCUGGUUUGGGAAGGGCAUAUUCGCUAUCAUCUCCUGGCGUUUAGCACAAAAAAUUGGUGCUGCUAUGUGAGGAAACGGGAGAAAAUACAUUUUUAUAAUAUUUGUGUAUAUCAUCCAAAUACAGAGAACAUCGUUAACUGAAA